CGUCGAAAACCUUCUGCUACUAGCUAGCUUUGGGCUCCUAGGACGGGGUGGAAGCGACGCUACACAUAUAUCGUUGGUUACCUCUCUAGAGGAAGCAGUGAGAGCAUAAUUACACGAUAGCGUUUUGUUUAUUACGGUGGCAGCCUCGAAAAGGAAUAUUGUGAGUGGUACUGUGCUGUGACCUUUAUGUGAGGUCUGAGCCCUAAAGCAACGGGUCAACGACCGGAGGAGAGACUUGGAGAAAAAAAAGCAUUUAACCACGGAAGCCUGGACAAGUGUCAGCAUUUUUAGUUUUAAUUUGGCCAUUAAAAAGAAAAAAGAAACGCAGCAGGCAAACCGUUUUCUAACACACCACUAGGACCAUGGAGGCCAUUGCCAAAUACGAUUUUAAAGCUACUGCUGAUGACGAGCUUAGUUUCAAGCGUGGAGAAAUCCUCAAGGUAUUAAAUGAAGAGUGUGAUCAGAACUGGUACAAAGCAGAACUAAAUGGAAAAGAUGGAUUCAUCCCCAAGAAUUACAUAGAGAUGAAAGCCCAUCCGUGGUUCUUUGGGAAGAUUCCUCGCGCCAAAGCAGAGGAGAUGCUAAACAAACAGAGGCACGAUGGGGCUUUCCUCAUCAGAGAGAGUGAGAGUGCACCGGGGGACUUCUCCCUCUCCGUGAAAUUUGGAAAUGAUGUCCAGCACUUCAAGGUUCUUCGCGAUGGAGCUGGAAAGUAUUUCCUAUGGGUUGUGAAGUUUAACUCCCUCAAUGAGUUGGUGGACUAUCACCGCACCACCUCAGUCUCUCGUAAUCAGCAAAUCUUUCUGCGAGAUAUAGAGCAGGUCGCCCAGCAUCCCACAUACGUGCAAGCGCUCUUCGACUUCGACCCCCAGGAGGAAGGCGAGCUGGGUUUCAGACGAGGCGACUUCAUUCAAGUCCUGGACAACUCCGACCCCAACUGGUGGAAAGGAGCCUGCCACGGUCAAACGGGCAUGUUCCCCCGCAACUACGUCACGCCUGUCAAUCGGAACAUGUAAACAGUCAGACCGUGUAAACAACCACAAACGGCAAACCAUCACCACCACCAUCAUCAUCAUUGUUCUUGAUCUCAUCAUCCCCGCCUACCCUCCUCCUCUUCCUCCUCCUCCCUAUCCAACCCCUCAGCCAACCCCUGCACCUCUCUUGGCCAUCCCACAAUAACAGGAAGAACGCAAAACAGCUGAAAGAGAGGGAAAACAGGAGUAGUGAUGUUGUAGGCGUCGCUGUGUGGGCGGCAGCUGAGCAGAAGUCAACUUUUUAUUUGUCCUGAGAAUGUUCGCCUCCCUGCUGAACGCCUCAGUGAGGACUGAACCGUCUCUGAGGGAAAUCCAAACAGACAAACUAAAGCAUAGCGCACCAACCGUGAAGAUAACCAAAUGAUCCGACCGCUCCCACAGCUGCUUCUGUCCUCUCAACUUCUUAACAUUCUGCCUUUCGUUUGUGUUCUUUCUUUGCCGCAUGUUAUUUUAAUAACUUUAAUGAAUUGCCUACCAAUAAAUCCUAACUGUUUUAAAGGAAAACAAAAGAUAAAAAAAGAUGAAAUGCUUUUAAAAAAUGUAUUGAUUUAAAAAAAAAAAAGAAAAAAAAAAAAAGAAGUGAUGCCAUCAACAACACAUUAAGUUUCCACGUUUAAGACCGUUGGCACGUGAGCAAUGUACAUCAGCCGCUGGCUGUAUAAAAGAAUCAAGUAUAGAGAGAAUCCAUUUUUUAAGAAUAUAUAUUAUAUAUUUGUAUGUUUGUCUGUUUUGCCUCUCAUCACAAAUUAUGUUUUUCCAUUUUGUAAAUUAUGUUCAAUCCUCUAUUAGUCUGGGUAAGACCUUGUAGCUUUAGAAUGUGAUGAAUUGUCGGUCAGGUUUUGUUGUUUUUUGUUUACUUUUUUUUUUUUUUUUUAUCUAAAGUCUGAGAUAAAACGGCAUGUUAGACAUCACAAGUCCCACUUUGAGGUUUCUCUUGUCUAUACCAGUUCUCUAAAGAAAACUAAUCCUGUCAAAAAGUGGAUGUUUGACCAGCAAGUAGAGCCAAAUGCUGCAAAAGAAAUCUGUCUCAUGGAUCCCUGUUUUGUUAUUUUUGUUUUUGUUUUUGAAAGCCGAUAUAUUUCCCUGGGCAGUGAAUGUAGCUGACUGAAUCUAACAGACGAACAUGAGGGAAGCACGGUCGGAGAACUGAACCACACAACCACGCAAGGGAUUUUUAAAAGACAUGCUGAAGUAGUGAUGUUUUAAUUCAUUUCUAAGCAGAUGGGUGAACGAGGACGUGUACAGGUAGUUAACGUUCAUAUUCAGACACAUUUAAAGACAUGCAUGCAUGCAGACGCUCUCCUCCUCGCUACACCUGCACGUAGCGAAGGAGGCGGAGUUCAGAUAAUCACAUCGUGUAAUCACCAGUGCAGAUCAGCAGCUGGCACAGAUUUAACAGCUCAGAAAACUUAGAGAUUGUCUUUUAUGAUAAAAGUUGAGAGAUCAGCUCAAAUGAUGUAAAAGUGUUGUUUUCUUUUUCAAACAUUUAGACUUCUGUUCUGGUCCAGUGUGUGUUUGUUUACCCUGUUUUGUGUGUUUUGGUUUCUUGUUCUCUCUGGAUAGUGCCUUUCUCUCUGGUGUUUCAGUGUCUCCGACCUGCUACUUUGACCCCUUUCCUUUUUCCCAACCUUGCCCCACCCUCCUUCCACCCUUUUUUAGGGGCCUGCCAGUCCAACGGUAAGACAAAAAAAAACAGUGUAAAUAAUCUGCAUCCCAGCUGACAGUACUCACCGCCCCCUCCUCCUACAUCCACCCGCAUCACCUCUGCCCUCAUCAACAUUGGAACUUUCUUAUUUAAGUGUCUCACCUUGUCUUACCUAAUGAUACUGUUUUUUUUUGUUUUUUUGCUCUUAUUUUUUUUUUAUUUGCAAUAUUUUUUGUUUGUUUUGUUUGUUUUCAAUUAAUAAAAUGCAAUUAUUAAAAAGUU